CAAAAAGCGGCGCUCGCGUCCGCCACAUAUAAGAGCGCAAACGAAGGUUAAAGCAUGGCGGAACUCACCGCUCGUGCGAAACCAGCGGACGCCGGACCGUCGACGACGGAAGCCACAGCACAAAAGACAGUAGCCAGCUCGAAACCGAAGCACCGCCGCGGACGGCGCCGAGAAGAUCAAUCAGCACAACCAAAAGACGCAAAACCCCGCAGCAUCCAUGAAGGCAAGGACGACCGGCCGCCGCCGCCCGCCCACUGGGUCCGCUACAUCGACGCCAAGUCCGGAAGACCCUACUGGCACGACUGCACGUCCGGCGUGACGCAGUGGGACGAUCCAAACGCAAAGGACGAGGAAACCGACGACGACGACGACGGCACGCCGUGGGUCGACCGCCUCGCGGCGGAAGCCCAGGCCCUCGACAACGCGAGCGACGGCGACGACGAUUCGGCGGUGGACGCCGGCGUCGCGGCCGCCGCCCGAGAUUUGGAGAAGACGCUCAAUCUGGACGAGGACGCGGGCGCCUACCUCGCGCGGCUGGCGCUCUCCGAGUUAUUGUGUGACGGCGACGCGAAGACCGCGGUCGCGACGGCCGUCGAGGCCGCGGCGCCCUUCCUCGCGGACGAUGAGAAUGAGGCGGACGCGACGGAGCCGCUAGCGAGAGCCCUCGUGAAGGCUUUGGUUGCGUUGCGGGGCGGCGUGUCCGUGCAGCGGAGUAAGCAGGACGACGCCGUCACGGCGCUGCGCGAGGUCUUCCCCGCGGUGCGCGUCGAGUUGGUCGAGGAGCACGUGCGCCGAGCCAAGGGCGACGCGAACGUCGCGGCCGAGACGCUCGUCCAAGCUUCUUUGGACGCGUUGAAGCGCGGCGAGGAGUCCGAGCGCAAGGGCCGCGUCAUCACGCGCGACGCCUUCUUCGACCACGUCCUGUCCAAGGACGAGCGCCGGCGGCUGUUCGAGGAGUACCAUAUGGAGAAGGAGGUCAAGGAGCACCAUCCCAUCGUCCACUCGGAUGGCGGCAAGCGGGAGCUGCGGAAGCAGACGCGGUAUAGGGACGGCAAAGUGGCGUCGACGACGGGCGAGCGGUUCCUCGUCGAGCCGAAGGAGUCCGCGGAGUUCGUCAAGGCGACGAGCGUGUCCAUCCGCGUCACGGGCGGGGGGCGGACGCACUAACUAGACACAUACAUUA